AUGCUAAAUCAAAGAUUGCUUCAAAAUCAAAAUAGAGGAGGAGUAGCUUAGGAUUUCGACAAGAAAGAAUGGGUUCGAGAAUUAAAAUAACUUAAGAAGGACUAUAUUCUUGAGGACAGAGAGAGAUAUAGACCUUUACUCAAUUUAAAGCGAGAAUUAAAAGACUUCAUGGAGGAUGUAGAGAAGGAAGAAAAGAAAAAUGAAAUUCAAAUAAAGAAGGAAUUCAGUUAGAUAUAAGCAGUCAUAGACAAAUAGAAAUAAGAGAUUAAUCAGGCAAAGAUGAUGAUCAAUUAGAGUAAAAAUGAUCCUUCUUACCUUGAUAAAAUACACUCUAAAGUAAAAGGUAUUGAGCAGAAUCUGAAAAAUUUCAAAUUAAAAAGCAGAGGAGCAUACGAGCAAUUAUUUGAUGAAGAGAUGCUGAUUGAAAAAGACCUCAAGAUGUGGGAGGAGAAGUUUGAUCAGUACAUGCUUGAAAAGAGCACUAUUAAUGAGAUUACUAAUGGAAACACUAAGAAAGUUGGGCAAAGAGCAAGUAGUGUAAGCAAUAGACUGUUUAAAUAGAAAACUCAAAAGAAUGAAAUUGAAUCAUCUCUCGGAUAGAGUGAAGAUGAAGAUUAUCCAAGUGAACUUGACUUAAUAAAGAACAAAUUGGAGAGAAUAGAUGAUCAACUUAUGGCGAAUGGAGGCUUAAAUUGUGGUUGGGAUGCAGCUGAUCACAAAGAUUUUCUUAGAAUAAGGACUAAGCACAAUAAUAAAACCUAUACCAUUGCAUUUAUGCAGGAAAUUAUGAGAGCAGUUCCAACAAUUGAUGAUGAGGCAAUAAAGGAACAUAUCAUCAGAUAUGAUAAAUAUUUGGACUUGACUGAACAGAAGAAAAAUUUACUAUCAAAUUAUAAAGAUGCAAAGAAGAAGCAAUAGCAUGAAAGAGUUCAUAAAAUAGAUAAUCAAAAUUAACUGUUUAAUCGAAUAAACAGUGAUCUUGAACUAAUCUUGGGUGAUGGUACUGGUUCUAAAGAGAAUAAUAAGAAUGCAGGUAAUUUUGAGGAAAGAGAAAAGUUAAAGUAAGAACUUGAUAAGUGGAAAAAAGAUAAAGAAGUUAAUAAGAAAAAAGAUAUAGAAGAAAAAAAGAGAUAAGAAGAGGAAAACAAAUAGCGUUUGAAAUAAAAGCUCGAAGAAGAGAGGAGGGCUAAAAAAGAGUAAGUGGAGGAGUUUAAAUUUAAAAAAGAUAUGGAAAAGUAGAGGGAGUAAUAAAUCAAAGAAAUGGAGAAAAGAAAGUAGAAAGAGCAGCUUAUGAGUUAAGAGCAAAAAGAGAGAAUAUUUAAGAGGGAGGAGGAAAUCUUCCAAAAGAAGCAUUUGCUCAUCAUAAAUAAACAGCAAGAAAAGGAGGAAAGAGAAUACAAAAUGGAAUUAUUAAAAGAAAAAAUGGCAAAAGGAAUGAAAGAAAAGGUUGAAAGUAAAUUGAACGUUGAGACAAAAGCAAUGAAGGAUAAAAAGCGAGAGAAAUUUGAUCCCAAGUAAGAUAAAGGUAGAGAUGCAAUGACUAUGGGAGGAAAUCUAUUAGGAGUGUCAGUGAGAGCAAUGCCUUUUUGGAGAUAAGGCUUAUGA